AUGGCGGGCAACGUCGCCCUGACCAGUGAAGAUCUUGCCUAUGACCUCGAUUCCAGGAGCGCCUCGUUCUUCCGAAAUCAUGCCUGGUCUAUACCAAUGGACCAAGUAGCUGCCCCUCGGCCAGAUCCAAGGAGGAACAUUUCUCCCAUCCAGACCAACAGCCAUGGUCUGCGACAGACCACAAUGGCAGAACAUCCCAUGAUGGAUACUUGGAGGUUCCAACAACAACACCAGCAGCACCAUCAACAACCGCAGUCACAGCAGACUGCUAUGGACUAUGCCAAUCCUCAGCAGCCGUACGAUUUGCAUUACGAUGCCCAGUUUCACGGCAUGUCUUUACACCAUUCUCAGAUGACCAUGUUGCCGGUGUCGCAGGCUCCGCUCGCUCGCUUAUCGCUCGAAGCCACCUAUCUUCCCCUCGGGUCCGGCAUCGAGGGCAUGCCUCAGAAUUGGGCCGAACUUCAGAGCGAAUUGAUCAACUAUACGACGACAGAUGUUGGACUUGCCGUCUCACCGUAUCAUCAAAUGACCAACUCUCCCACGGGCUCCCAUCUCGAAGUCCUUUCGCAGCCCAGUUCCUGUGACGAACACGGGUGGACCAUGGUUGAGCCCAGAACGUCCUUUGAGUCCUACGAGCGACAAUUCUUCGUUGAUCCUAACCAGACUGUGCACAAUAGAACCUUGUCCGAAUCGUCAUACUCAGACCUAGAACAGCAUAGCCAUGGCGCACUGAUGUCCAGUCUCGACUUAGGUGCCUCCCAGGCUGUGUAUUCACCAACCACCCUGUCAGAUAGCGACUUUGAAUACCCCGGACAUACUCACCGCCUGUCAAUAGACCACAGCUCGGGCUCCAUGAGCGUCAACCCUUCAGCCCUCGUGCGCCCCAUUCCAAUCCCCUCGGCCAAGUCGUCCGCACCGUCGAUACGAUCCCCCGGAUCCCAAGGCUCAGCCGGCUCUCCUGGCCGCAAACCUUCCCGAAAGAGCCCCAUGGCCGCCAAGUCAACAGAUAAGGUUAUGAAAAAGUCAUCACCUAGUGGCAAGGCAGAAGGGGAGAAACGAGUUGGCCGAAGAAAAGGACCGCUCCGGCCGGAGCAACGGAAACAAGCCAGUGAAAUCCGGAAGUUGAGAGCCUGCCUGCGAUGUAAAUUCUUGAAGAAGACCUGCGACAAAGGAGAACCUUGUGCUGGAUGUCAACCGUCGCACGCUCGCCUGUGGCAAGUCCCUUGCACUCGCAUCGACAUCAAGGAGAUUGGCUACUUUUUGAAGGACUGGAAGUUCGACUAUGAGAGACACAUUUCGCUCGGCUUCUCUGUGGGUAAUAUCAAGGGGUUUUCGGAUACUGAGAAGACGCUAUUCAUCACCCACGGUUAUGGUCAUAUGCUCCCCGUCACCGCUCGAGAAGUGUAUGUCAGGGAUGAGACGUGUUUGAAGAUGGAUUGGAUCGAGGCCAACUCAUUCGCGCCCGAUGGCUACGAAGUAUCGACGGCCAAGCUCUCAGCUGGCAUGGAAGGCAUCUCGACAACCAUGCUAAGUGAUUACCUUGACCGACAUAUUGACGGCACUGGCACAUUUGAGAAAUUUGUGGACGAUUACUUUGAGGGAACACCUUUCCUCUCACAAAUGCUCAAGACGGCUUACCGGUUCUACUUCAAAACCGGAUCGAAGAUCAUCAAGAAGGCUUUGAAGUUGAUGCUAGCCUAUAAUUUAACGCUGCACAUCACCAUGGUCGAAGGAGUGCCAAGCGAAGAGUCUUUCGUUGGUAAAAUUGAAGAGCAGACAUCCAAAUUCUUCGGCAAGACGAUGGCUCCCGUCAUGAUCAACUUCCAAAUCAAGUGUGCCAUGGCUGAUAUGUGGCGCGAGCUGCACAAGGAUGUACUCGAAGAACUGUCCAGCCUAUAUUCGAGCGUGUACAGUGGAGAUAAGCUCAAGAACUGGCCCACUAUCUUCAUCCUUGCAUCAGUCUUGCUGGCAGUGUGGGAAUGCAUGCAAUUUGAUUGCCACUACCGUGUCCCCGAUUCUGCGGCCGUAGAGAAGUUCUGCAACGACAUGGAAACCACGCCCGUCGGUGUCGUGGUCGGCCUCUUCCAGGCCAUCUCUCAAAAACUCCCAUCCUUCCUUGAAUGGGAUACUUCCAAGCACCAUGCGCUCCUGGCAUCCAACAUGGAUGUAUGCAACACGAUGAGCGAAGUCCGAGAACAUGUGACGAGAUAUGGUGAGGAGAUUUCCAUGCCCCUCUUUUGA